AUGCAGAAUAAACGCCAAUGCGGCACACAUCGAUCUUUAGUAGACAACUACUUGUUUCCACAGUGUGCCGGUUGCAAGCAGCUCGUUUUGGACCGGACGGUAAUGCGGGUGUUGAAUCAACACUGGCAUACCAACUGUCUCAAAUGCAUGGACUGUGGGGCAUCUCUGUCGGAUAAGUGCUUUAUGCGAUUGGACGAGAUCUAUUGUAAGAACGACUUUUUUCGUCGAUUCGGAACCAAAUGUGCCGGAUGUGAAAGAGGUAUUCCACCAACGGAGGUCGUCCGGACUGCCCAAGAUAAUGUCUAUCACAUGGACUGUUUCGCCUGCGUGAUCUGUGAUCGUCUUUUGAACACUGGGGAUGAGUUUUAUUUGCUACGUGAUCGAAAGUUGAUGUGCAAGUACGACUUCGAGACAGCCAAAGCACGUGUGUUCAACACCGAUGCUUCACUGCCGUACAACCAUGAUUUAUUUGAAAGCCUUGUUGUAAAGAAAAGAAUAGAGUUGGACGGAGAAGGGACUUGGUGUUAUCUUACCACAAUCAUUCCGAGGUACCUAUACCUCCAGACAUUCACUCAGGCAAUCUGGGUAGAAACUGACAACAAGAACGUCACUGACAUCGGGUUGCUGCAAACUCUACGACAACCCAUGACCGGUUCCGCCCUCCCAAUUCUGGCUCAUCAGGCGAAAUCUGAACUUGACAGUGCCAACAAGCGUCCUCGGACUACCAUCACUGCAAAACAGUUGGAAGCCUUGAAAAGGGCCUACAACGAAAGCCCUAAACCGGUCCGUCAUGUUCGUGAGCAGUUAAGCGCCGAAACCGGAUUGGAUAUGCGUGUGGUUCAGGUGUGGUUCCAAAAUCGCCGCCCACCACCAGUUUCGUUCUUCUUGGGGCCAUCAGGUAAGCGCAGUCUCCGAGUUUCCGUCAACCUUAUGUUCUACUUGAAAACAAAUUGCACGAAAUCAGCGAGAUACACUCAUUUGCAAGCUAAUUUGGACUUGCGACAGACUCUGCUGGAACGCAGCUGA